AUGUCGGUUUCGAGACACAGUCCAAAGAUACCGCGUGAAACUAAAGUCACCUUGGGCAAGGGCGUCACCGGCACACUCGCCAUACCGCAUUCCUUUGACCAGGAGAACCCGUUUGAAAACGACUAUGCGCCGGCAACCCACAAGGCAGCACUUAUAUUGCAUGGCCAAGGAGGCCAUAGAGACUACUGCUACCAGAAGACUUUGGCUCACCGAUUGGCCCAGGAGUUGGGGGUGUUUAGCUUGCGCAUCGAUUUCCGCGGAUGUGGAGAUUCGGCCGAAAAUGAAGUUGCUCUUGAAGGCAGAUCUCUAGGUCAGGAUAUCGCCGAUAUUCAAGCUGCGGCGGAGUUUGUCCGCGACGGGAACUUGAAUGGGUUGGGCAUCGACUUGACCUUGAGCUCCAUCAUUGCGCACUCGAGAGGUGGCGUUGCCAUGUUUUUGUGGGCGUUGGAGCAAGACGGCCUUUCGAAAAAAGGCGACUCGAGGGCCAUCAUUGUCCCCAAUUUGGUCAAUUGCGCCUCAAGAUACACCUCGGUGACGGUGUUGGAAAGAUACCACCAGUUUGAAAACUACGAUUACAUUCCUGAUUUUGCCGGGUAUAGGUUUGGCAAGUAUCGCAAGUUGGACUUGGCUGCUCGCGAGAUCAUCACCUUGUCGAAGCCCGACUUUAGUGUCUUGAGUGGGUUAUCGAGGGAGUGGUCCUGUUUGAGCAUAUACGGCAUGCACGACCAUAUUAUCCCCAAGUAUGACUCUGCCAACUUUGCCAAUGCCUUGAACCGAGGUCCCUUGUCGCAUACUUUGAAGCUUAUCCCUGACGCCGAUCACAAUUUCUUUGGUUACAAAUCGGUGGAGCCAGAUGAUGACAUUGAAGAUGUCAACCCUUUGGGUUUGCCCAUGAAAGGAAGCAAGGUCAAUUACAACUAUCUUGUUUGUGACUAUAUCUUGGACUAUCUUGCACCGGAAAAGGAGUUGGAUCGGUUUAUGAGCUUGAGCAAGGAGAUUGGCAGUGUUUCAAGAUGGAAAGAUGUCGAAGGCGUGAGCAAUUUCAGAGACAUUGGCGGGUGGAGAAUACAUGAUCCAACUUUUAGGCUCAUAGAAGAUGCAAACGAGAGCCAGAACCAUGUCUACUACGUCAGGCCUCAUUUGGCAUUUAGGUGUGCCAAUGUUGCCGGUUUGACAGCACGAGGGAUGGAAACUAUCCAAAACUUGGGCAUCCGGGCCGUUUUUGACUUGCGCUCCGAUGGAGAGAUUGCAAACGACGGAUACCCAGCAGACUUGCACAAGUAUGGCAUUGAACGAAUCCACGCUCCCGUUUAUUCAAACGACGACUACUCGCCGCAGGCCAUUGCUGUUCGCUACACAAACUUGAUGACAUCAUGGUCCACCUAUGUCAAUGUCUAUGAAGACAUGCUUGAGUUUGGCAUGGAGAGCUACAAGACCAUCUUCACCUACAUCUUGAAGGAAAACAAGCCGUUUUUGUUCCACUGUACAGCAGGUAAGGACCGUACCGGGAUAUUUGGAAUGUUGUUUCUCUUGUUGGCGGGGGUAGAUAAGGACACCAUUAGUAAAGAGUACGAGCUCACCACGUGCGGGUUGAAGCCGGACCACCCGGUGCUCAAGGGCAAAUUCAUCGAAACGGUGGACAAGUUGAAGCAGAAGAUGGGCGGUGAGGCCAACGAUAUCGAGCAGUUGAUAUCCCAGGGAAGAUCCAACUGGUCCUUGAUUGACGAUGGAUUCAACAACUUGAUCAGCUCGAGAUACGAGGCCAUGUUGGCUACAAUCAGUCUAUUCCAUGAGAAAUACGGCAAUAUUGUCAAAUACAUGAAUGAAAACUUGGGCUUUAGCCAUGACGAAAUCAGGCAAAUCUAUGAAAACAUUGUCGUGUUGGACCCGAACAAUUUCGGCUUUGAAAUCAGUUCAAAGCUAAAUUGGAACCAUAGAAACAUUGGCACCCUGUCGAAAUUAUGA